AAAGAAAGGAAAAAAAUUCCUUUCAUUUACUUCGGUCAAGCAAAACGCCCUCAGGCUUCAAGAGUGCAGACGAGGCCGGAAGAAGGAGCGCCAUAGCCAAAAAAGCUAACUCUCAUCUUUCGGCAUCUCCCCUUUUUGAUUACUCGGGUUCUCUGGUUCAACCAGAGCUUCAACAAUGGCGAGAAAUGAAGAGAAGGCUCAAUCAAUGCUCAAUCGCUUCAUUACUAUGAAGCAAGAAGAAAAAAAGAAACCUAAGGAACGCCGUCCUUACUUAGCUUCUGAGUGUCGCGACCUAGCCGAAGCCGACAAAUGGAGACAGCAAAUCAUGCGAGAAAUCGGCCGAAAAGUCGCCGAAAUCCAAAACGAAGGUCUUGGUGAACACCGACUUCGUGAUCUCAACGACGAAAUCAAUAAACUAAUUCGAGAGAAAACGCAUUGGGAACGUCGAAUUAUUGAACUCGGUGGUCCAAAUUACACUAAACAAUCGGCUAAAAUGACCGAUUUAGAUGGGAAUAUCGUCGAUGUACCAAACCCUAGCGGUCGAGGUCCAGGUUACCGUUACUUUGGAGCAGCGAAGAAGCUUCCUGGAGUUCGCGAAUUGUUCGAGAAGCCUCCUGAAUUGAGGAAGAGAAGAACUAGGUAUGAUAUUUACAAAAGAAUUGAUGCUAGUUAUUAUGGAUACAGAGAUGAUGAAGAUGGAGUUUUGGAGAAAUUGGAGGGACCUGCUGAGGCAGCCAUGAGGGAAAUGGCAUUGGAGGAGUGGAAUCUGAUGGAGGAGAUUAAGAGGGAGGCGAAAAAGGCGGUCAAGAGCGGGGAGGUGGUCAAUGUGAAGGAGAUACUGUUUGAAGAGGAAGAGGACGUUGUGGAGGAAGAGAGGAAAGAGAAGGAGAGGCAAGAAGAACAAGCAAGGAAGACAGAAUUUGUUGUUCAUGUGCCAUUGCCAGAUGAGAAAGAGAUUGAAAGGAUGAUUGUGGAGAAGAAGAAGAUGGAGUUGUUGAGUAAGUAUACUAGUGAUAAUUUGUUGGAGGAGCAGACUGAAGCUAAAGCUAUGUUGAAUAUCAAGAGAUAAAAGAUGAAAUAUUUUGGUCAAUUUCAAAAGGCUUCAGGUGAGCAUGAGCAAGAAACGAAGACUGUUUAAUUUGAUGUUUAUCUCGCACACUUGAGAAUCGCAGGAUCGCAAUCGCACUGAAUAUACGUGAUUCUUUAUGCCCGAUUCUAUGUCAGACCAACUCUGCAAUAAUUUAAUGACUUAUUUGUAAUGAAUUAAAUCGUAAAAUCGUAUGAUUCCAUUCAGAAUUGUGAUUUCAAUAACAUUUGGACUUUUUUUUUCUUAAUCAGAAUAUUACUACAUCUAAUACAUGCAUUGUUUAAAAAUCGUAUUUCUUUUAUUAGAGUUUGUUAAGGAAAGAAAUUGAUUAGGUGAAAAUUGAACUUUUGAUUAUUUUGUUUGUAUUCCUAUAAUAAAUAAUUUU